AUGCUGGCAGUCACGAACUUGGGAGGCCUCGGCACAUGUGCGCGUGGGCCAACAAAGGUGCGACUCUCAGCCAGAGGAGAUCACUACGUGGAACCCUGUCCCGUCAAGCUGGUGGGGCGGAUGGAGAUCCAUGGCAAGCCGGGCAUCUCGUGGACGCGUUUGAGCAGUACUGCCUCCGCAGGGUCCCGCUUCUUGCACUUGGAGGAGGCCGUGGAUUGGGAGAUCGAUACCGACAUUGUCAUCACGCCUUCCGACAGGCACCAAGAUGAGGUUCGCAAGGUGGCGGAUAUCCUGGAUGGCGGCUUCACGGUGGAGUUGGACCGGCCCCUGUCCUUCGAGCACUUGGGCAUUUGGUACCACCAUGAGGAGAUCGGGCAGGAGUCCAAAAGGGAAGUCAGGGCUUCACUCGAGGAGAUCCCCACUCCAACUGACCUCCGAGCUGCCGUCGGGCGUCUGACCCGCAAUGUGAAGGUGCAGGGCGAUGAUGCUUCCGUCGAGCUUGGCAGUGCCUACCAGUUUGGCGUUCAUGUGGGAGCCUUCGUUGGUGGUGUCAUGCGGAUCGAGAACACGGAGAUCACGCGGAGCGGCCAGGCCGCCAACUUUGGACGCUACUCUUCGCACUGGCACGUGCUGUCGCCCCAUCGGACGAUCGAUGUCGCAGAUGUUGCCUACCUGCGAAACAACUCCUACCACCACACCUUCCAACGUGCAGUAGUGGUGCAUUCCUCAGACUUCGCCACGGUGGAGCACAAUGUCGCCUACAAGACGAAGGGCCACUCCUACUUUACCGAAGCCGGAGACGAAGUCUUCACACUCUACAAUCACAACUUGGCGGUGCGGCCGCUGCAGCAUCCUUUGCUGCUGGAUGAUGACAUGGAUCCUGCUGGUUUCUGGCUGCCGGGUUUCACAGGCUGGCACCGCAAUAACCUCGCAGCGGGUUGCCACCGCGGAUGGCGCGUGCGCAAAGACCGAGAGGACCUGACCUUCUUCAACAACUCAGCGCACGCCAGUGGCUUCGGCUGGCACCUGAAGCCACCGCAUGCACCGCCCACGCUGAACGUCUUUCAGAACUUCACCGCUUUCCGGUGUGACACCGGCAUGUUCUACUACGGAACCGGUAACAUCCUGCACGAUGACCACCGCUUCAUCGAGUGCGGCACGGGCCACUUCAUGAACCACCUCAGUAAUGGGCUGCAUACUCCUCCAUUCUACCACAAUCUCGUUCUUGUCGGCAACAUCGCUCCAGAAGCUACGACUGCCAGGAGCACUCCAGGGAGCGGUUUGGGCAUCAGGGGCCCGAAAGACAACGAGUACUUUUACGUCUCCGGCCUCACGGUGAUAAACUACUUCGAGUCGCCCGUGCUCAGAGGCUGCUUCGAGACGACCUGCACCAUGCGCUUUGAGAGAGCCACGUGGUGGAACUCCACGCAGCGCACCUGGAGCACUCCGCGCCAGAUAUUCUGGGACCUCGAUGGCUCCCUUACGGGGUAUCCCAAUGGCUUCGUGUCCCUGGACUACGAAUACAACCAUUUCCCAGGUCUCUGUCACCAUUCAGACGAGCAUGGAAAUGGCCUUGUGUGCGGUGCUGCAGAUGGAUCUGUGCGGGUGAGCAACUUGUCAAUGGUCUUGCGGUGCAGGCUCUUGGUGGACCGCCAAGAGCCAUGGCAGCUCGAUGGGAAGGACAUGUUCGUCCAGACAUCUGCAGGUAGUCGAAUGAAGCGGCUAAGGCGGAAUCACUUCGAUGCGACGGAGGGUCUCCGCUUGGAUCGCAUGCCCAGCUUUGAGGACCCCUUCGGAUCCCACUCGAUGAUGCUUUGGCCUGACGAAUGUGCUGAGUUCAACCUCACAGAGGACUCUGCGGAGCUUUGCGGCGUGUAUGUCAAUGAGACCGGCGAGGGCCUGAAGGAGGAGAUCGACGAGCAGCCUGAGGUGGAUAUGGUCCACGGCCGCGUGACGGUCUCUUUCUCCGUUCAGGUUAUCGAUACCAACGGAAGCUAUGAACCUGGUCCAGACACCCCCACAGGCCAGCUCCGACAAGAGUUCAUCCCCAGGGAAUGCCCCGUGCUGGGAUGCAAGCGCCCAGGUUCCGCAGAUGGGGACUUCAACAAGAUCCGUCGUUGGUCAGAUCCCAGCGGAUGGCCAGACGGCAGGCUCCCUGAGGAGAUGGACAAUGUCGUCCUCCCACCCGAGGCACUUGCCACUCAGGGCCACGGUGUGCUGGUGCAGUCGAUCGAGCAUGCUCUGCCGUUUGGCACCCAGGCCCCCAAGGAUGAUGCCAGGUGGGAAGCCUCUGCCAACAACGUGCUGCAUGGCAAGUCGUGGUGCCCAGAGUGUGCAGCCAUCAUCUGGAGCACGGAGAACUACUUCCAUUUCGGUGAUCCUUCCAAUUUCCACGCCAAGCAAGCCAAGGUCAAUGCGACCUUGCAUGCCCACUCGGUGAAGGUCUGGGGCAUUCUGGAGAUGGGGACGGUGGAGCGACCAAUGCCUCCAACCGUGAAGGCCGAGAUUGUCCUCUGGGGAGAUGAGCAGUCGAUCACAGCGAUCAUGGUGGAGGGCCUGUUCUUGGUGAACAAGGUGGUAGCUGUGCUCGGCAAUGUGUCCGCGGAGUCUCCGGGUGCAGGCGGGAAAUCUCUCUGCCAGGAAAUCAAAGCUCGUGGCCCGUUGGUGCUGCUUUGGCGAUCUCGGACUUUGCUAUCUUUGGACGAGCCGGUGACCCACCGGCAUUUCGCCGGCGUUGUCGACGAGAGCAUGGAGGGCCAAGCGCUUUUCCGCGACGUGGAUUUCCUUGGCCUGGGAAAGCACCUCUAUCAGGCCCCAGCUCUGAAGUUCAACUUCUUGGGAGGCCACAGCAACAUCUCGCGGGUGGAGAACUGCGUGUUCAGCCGAUCGAAGUCCGGUGCUAUUGAGGCUUCAUCGUGGAAUCCUACCCCCUGA